UUUGGGAACUUGAUUUCUUCUAACGGUUUAUGCUCCUUAAAGGAAGUAAGCCUGGAAUAUUGCAAUCUGACAGAUGAUGAUAUACCUGAUGAGUUUUGGAUGUUGUACUCGUUAGAGUCAUUGAAUCUAAAGGGGAACUAUUUUGAGAGCCUUCCCUCUAGUGUUGGCCAGCUUUCAAAACUUGAAAUUCUAGAUGUUACACAUUGUCUGGGACUCAAAUCACUCCCAAUGCUUCCAUCAAGUUUGCAUUCCCUUGAAGCAUCAUAUUGCUACGAGUUGGAAAGGUUACCAAAUCUGUCAAAUUUGAAGCACCUAACGAUGCUCCAUCUUUCAUGGUGUGAAAAGCUGAUUGAAUUUGAAGGCUUAGAGGUUUUGAUAUCUGCAGAAAGUAUAAAAUUAGAUAACUGUGUCAAAUUGGAAAGUUUUGUCGAGAACAAAAUUUUUCAGGACAUAUCUAAAGACAUUGGCAAUUGUAAUGUCUGUGACAUAAUUUUUGAUGGGUAUGAGGUUCCGAACUGGUUUGUGUUUCAAAGAGAGUUGUGGUCAGAUUCACUAUCUUGGCAGGUUCCUCAUCAACUUCCUAACAUGGAGAUUCAAGGUUUGAUUAUAUGCUUUGCUUGUAAGGAGCUUGCAGAUCACUGUGUUGACACUGGUGACUCAUCAUGGUAUAUAUCAGCUGGAAAGGUUGUAGUUGAUAAUAAAUCAAAGAACUUUACAUGGAGCAGGACCCUUGAUAUUCCGCUUACCGUGAACAAAACGACCACUUGGGUAAUCAAGAUACCAAAUUGUGUACCACCCUUUACCCAACCCUCUCUGUUUAAACACCUAACAAAGGAGAAGCAGGCAUUAGUGGAAUUUUCUUCAACCGGAAAAAUUUUCCCAAAUUCAUUUGUUGAAUAUGACGAUACCAUACAAGUUUCUUUUUCAUUUUUGGAUACUGACCGUUGUAGAUAUCCAUCUGUGAAGAAAAUUGGGGUCCAUUUCUUCUAUGCAUCAUCUUCACAGCAUGAGAAUGUAUCCCAGGAAAAUUUCCAAGCAUCCCCAGAAAAUUCCCAAGCAUCCCAAAGCAUUAAAUGUUGUGGAUUCUUUCAAUAGCUUGGGAGAUAUUUGCAAGAUCGAUCAGGUGAGCCACAUACAUCUUAAAACUCUCCCAAUCAAUGUAUUUAAAAAUUUGGAUUGGAUCCCUUUCCAAUCCAGAGGAAGGAUGGUAACAUACCAGAGGAAGCAGAAGCAGAAGGUAUUGUAUAAGGUGUAGAAGUGGCAGCAAAAGUUUUGGGUCUACAUUGAGGAAUAUAUUUCUAUCUGAUUGCAAAGGUUUUGAUACAUCAAUUUUCAUUUUCUUUGGCAAGAUAAACCUUUUCUAUGUGAUUUCUUCUUAUUUCGGUGGUGGUUUUGGUAA